AUGGUUUCCAAGCUGCACAGCGCACCGCCCUUCCGGGCGGAACAUAUGGGUUCGUUGUUGCGUCCGGAGAGUUUACUCGACGUGCGCGCCAAGAUCCGCGAUACGGGCGUGUCAGCCGAGGCGGCCGGGCUGCCGGCAGUUGAGAAACAGGCAGUUGGGGACGUGGUCAAGCUGCAGCGGGACCUUGGGUUCAAGGCGGUUUCCUCCGGAGAGUACAACCGCACGCGUUUCUGGGGGCUGAUGUGGGACGAGUUCCAGGGAACCAUCCGUUUGCAAGACGCAGAGGCCUCGAUGUUCAGACUGUACCACCCGGAUGUCGUGAGUCUGAUUGAGACGGACCGGAAAGUGAUGCCCGGAGACUCGGUGAUUGCCGGGUCCAAACUAUCGCACAGCACAAGCAAGUCGCUUUCGAAUCUGCACGAGCUCCAGUUGGUCCAGCAGUCGCUGCCCGAGAGUGAAUGGGGCAACAUCAAACUGACCAUGAUCACCCCGGCUUGGUUCCACAUGCGUUACAAGCAAGGAAAGGCAUACACGCCAGAAGCGUAUGCCAACGAUGCGGAAUACUUCAAGGACGUUGCCAAGGUGUACAAGGCGGAGCUGGAGUCCCUGUACAAAGCCGGUUUGAGAAACGUCCAGUUUGACGAUCCAGGAAUGGCGUACUUUUGCUCCAAAUCAUUCCGCCAGGGCUGGGAGGAGGACAAGGACAAUAUUGGCACGGUGGAGGACUUGCUGGAUGCGUACAUUCAGCUGUACAACGACUGCCUCAGUGGCCUUCCGGAGGACAUGCACACCGGCAUUCACCUGUGCCGAGGCAACUUCAUUGGUGGGAGACAUUUUGCCGAAGGCUCGUACGAUAUCAUUGCGAAGAAGCUAUUUGAGAACCUCGACGUCAACACGUUCUACCUGGAGUACGACACAGAGCGGGCUGGCGGAUUUGAGCCUCUCAAAUUCCUGCCGAAGAAUAAGAACGUCGUUGUUGGCGCGAUCAGCACGAAGCUCCGGGAGCUGGAGAACAAGGAGGCGAUCAAGGAACGGAUCUACAAGGCUGCAGAAUUUGUUGCGGCAGGGAGCGGAGAGACACGCGAGGAGGCCCUCAAAAGGGUCUGCCUCAGUCCCCAAUGUGGAUUCAGUACACACGAAACGGGGUAUCCGCUGAGUGUGGAGGAUGAGAAACAGAAGCUGGGCCUGAUUAGGCAAAUUGCAGAUGAAAUCUGGGGAGAGCCGUGA